UUUUUGAACAGUAUCAAAGGUCGCGACUAGCGUUUGUACAGUCUAUUUCUGAUCUAGCUAAUCGCUCUCAAAACAUUGAUCUGCUAACUAAAUUUGAUAUUUUUGCUUUCCUGAACCCAUUACUUAAUGACUCGAUGCCAACAAUUCAACAGAUUGCAGCAGGGGCUAUUGGAAAAAUUGCAGGCUAUUCUAAAGCGGCAGCUUCGCUGGCACUUGAAUCAAAGACCGUAUCUCUUUUGAUUUGUUCUUCGGGAAUGGAUCACAGAUUCUACAAAAGAUCGGCAUUAAUUGCCUUGCAGUCAAUUUCAAAACACUCACCUGAGAUGGCCUCUGCGAUUAUUCGAUGUGAGGCCUUAACAGUAAUUAAUGCAUGCUUAGAGGAUUUUGAUCUCUAUGUAAAAGAAAAUUCAAUAGCAUGUGUUAGUAGCCUGGCUCGACAUAAUGAGGACUUAGCACAAGCAGUUGUUGACUCUGGAAGCUUGCCACCUAUAAUACUCUGCUUGCAGGAGCCAGAUGUUAACUUAAGACGAGUAGCAGCUACCGCCUUGGGAGAUAUCGCCAAGCAUUCGAUAACUUUAGCGCAAAAUGUCGUCGACGCUUCUGGUAUUUGGCAUUUGGUGCAACAGACUACAAAUACGUGUUCCAAAUUGAAGAAACAAGCGUUCUCUGCAUUGGCUCAUAUCGGAAGACACACACCGGAUUUCGCUGAGCUGAUAUUGGAAUCAGGAGUAUUUCCACAAGUCCUAGUUUCCAUGAAAGAUAAAGACAUAAACCUCCGAAGAGAAGCAGCCAAUCUUGUUCGGGAGCUGUGCAAGCAUACUUUUGAGAUGUGCCAGACAGUAGUGAAUUCAGGCGGGAUUAAUGCACUGGUGGACUUUUUGGAUGAAGCCAAAGGACACACACUCCUGCCAGGCAUAAUCGCUUUGGGCUAUAUUGCAGCUCACUCGGAUUCGAUGGCAGCUGCGGUUAUUAAAGCUUUUGCUCUUAUUCAGCUAAAGAACAUCCUUCAAGAGGAGAAAGACGAGAUUAAGGCAGCGACUGUAUGGACUAUCGGACAAAUUGGCCGACACAGUGCAAACCACGCCGGUGCUGUGUCCGACACUGGCUUACUUCCAAUCAUACUUUCAUGUUAUCUUAACCCUGAUAGCUCAGAUGAAUUGCAAGAAAAGUCAAAAACAUGUCUCAAACAGGUUCUUGAGAAGUGCAAUGAUAUGGAAUCACUCCAGUCGCUCUUGCAUAAUUCACCGCCCAACAUUCUUAAGUAUGUUUUGGCGCAGUUCAGCAAGCUUUUGCCCCGAAACGCAAAAGCCAGGCGUGAAUUUGUUGUAAGCGGAAGUUUAAGAAAGAUCCAGGAGAUUAAUACGGAACCUGGAUCAGCACUGAGCACACACAUAGCUGCUAUAAACAACUGUUUUCCUGACGAUGUCGUGAAGUUCUACUCACCAGGAUACCCCGAAGCAUUGUUGGAACGCGUGGAGGCUUACCAACAAAAUCACUGA